GGCACCGGUAGAGUGCGGUGUUACAGGGAGAUACCGGAUGUGAGCACACAAAUUUCAAGAGAAGGAGGAGGCGCUAACGUAGGAGUUUGUUUUACAUGAAAACAAAAGUGAUUGUAGAAUAUGUGGUAAGAAGCGGUGACGUGAGGUGUGUGUUUACCCGGGCACGAUGACUACUCAGAGAGUGCUUCCUCAGAGCAAAGAGACUCUACUGCAAAACUACAACAAGAGGCUCAAAGAUGACAUCCGCUCCAUUAUGGACAACUUUACAGAAAUAGUCAAGACAGCAAAGAUUGAGGAUGAGACACAGGUAUCCCGACCUACUCAGGCAGAGCAGGACCAUUAUGAGAUGCAUGUCAGAGCAGCCAACAUUGUACGUGCCGGCGAGUCCCUCAUGAAGCUGGUCUCUGACCUGAAGCAGUUCCUAAUUCUGAACGACUUCCCCUCCGUGAACGACGCCAUCAGCCUGCAGAACCAGCAGCUCCGCUCGCUACAGGAAGAGUGCGACAAGAAGCUCAUGUCACUCCGUGACGAGAUUGCCAUCGACCUGUAUGAGCUAGAGGAAGAAUAUUACUCCUCCAGCUACAGUCAGUGGGACAGCACUGACCUGCCUCUGUGCGAGGCCUACCGCCGUCGAGACAGUUGGGCCUCCGCGAACAGCAGCAACAGUUCUACGCACGGGGAGCGCGAGGACGUGGACGGGCCUCCAUCUCAGGAGACGAACCCCCAGCACCACCUUAACGGACACGGGACCGCCUCCGUAGAGAAACCGUGAGGAGGAAAGGGGGACACCUGUCGGUUUGCUUUUGCCCAGUUUGGAUCAGUUAUAGCUUGUGAACCGUUGUUUGACUUGCUACUUUUUUGUAUCGAGGACUUUAAAACUGGACUUAAACUUUGCAAUGAAUGGUUUCUUUUGGAUUAACACAUCACAAAAGUAAGAGACUGUUGUAUUAAACCACCUAAAAUGCUUGUGUUGAGUGGUAGGCUCUUAAGUGCAACUGCUGCUUUCCAAGAUCUGCAUCAAGCCUAGUUACAAACUAGAAGAUAUAUUUGAUAAAGAACUCCACUGUAAAAAGUCUAGACUUGAAUCACGUUCAGUAAAAGAAGUAAAAGAAAAUGAAGACAACUUUAAACUCACCUUUGAAACUCAAGUACUUUUUUAUAUUCCUGUGUUAGACUUUGCAUUAAAUGUAUUUUAUUUUUUUUAAGAAUGGCAUUGGUUUACUUUUGUCU